GAUGGCAGCUUCCUCUGCCUCACACUGCUGUCUGACUGCAUUCAGCUGACACUGAGAUGAAGCAGGAAAGAAGCAGCUGAUAUUUGGACAGCACACAUGAUGGAAAGCAGGAUUUCAGUUGAUGUGCACAUGAAUGAUUUGUGUUUCCUCUGCAGGUGAAGGUAGAAAGUGUGUGUGAGCUGAUGUGAGCAGCAUGGAUCAGUGUGAGGACAGAGAGGAGGGAGUCCCUCCCUCUAAAAGCACUCUGUGUGGGGAACAUGAGAGCCAGACCAAAGCUCAGAGGAACCCACCUGCACCUCCACCCAGCUCUGUGUCCUGUAAGAGUGACCGGUCUAAAGGUUUCCUCAUUGAUUUUAAAGUCUCUGCUGCAGAGAGAGGUCAGAGGUCACAGUCUGCAGGGUCCAGCUGUCCGUCUGUGAGGAGUGACCGGUCCAAAAAUAAUCCUCCAUUCUUCAGUGGUGAACCUGGACGAACGAGAGUGGACCAGCAGAGCUCAGAGGUUCCCAGUGGUCAGUCUGCCCAGCAGCAUCAAACACAGCUGGACUCCAUAUUUAUGCUGCUGGAGGACAACAUCAUCACUUUUGUGAAGAACGAGCUGAAGAAGAUCCAGAAGGUUCUGAGUCCAGAUGACCCAGAAUGCUUACAGAGUCAGAGGAGCAGCAGCAGAGAGGCAUUUGUGAAGAUCACAGUGGACUUCCUGAGGAGGAUGAAGCAGGAGGAGCUGGCUGACCGUCUGCAGAGCAAACUUCCAGCUGCUGUUUGUCAUCGUAACCUUAAAUACACCCUGAAGCAAAAGUUCCAGUGUGUGUUUGAGGGCAUCGCUAAAGCAGGAAACCCAACCCUUCUGAAUCAGAUCUACACAGAGCUCUACAUCACAGAGGGAGGGACUGCAGAGGUCAAUGAUGAACAUGAGGUCAGACAGAUUGAAACAGCAUCCAGGAAACCAGACAGACCAGAAACAACCAUCAGACAAGAAGACAUCUUUAAAGCCUCACCUGGAAGAGAUGAACCAAUCAGAACAGUGCUGACAAAGGGAGUGGCUGGCAUUGGGAAAACAGUCUUAACACAGAAAUACACCCUGGACUGGGCUGAAGACAAAGCCAACCAGGACAUCCAGUUCAUAUUUCCAUUCACUUUCAGAGAGCUGAAUGUGCUGAAAGAGGAAAAGUUCAGCUUGGUGGAACUUGUUCAUCACUUCUUUACUGAAACCAAAGAAGCAGGAAUCUGCAGCUUUGAAGACUUCCAGGUUGUGUUCAUCUUUGAUGGUCUGGAUGAGUGUCGACUUCCUCUGGACUUCCACAAAACUACAAUCCUAACUGACCCUAGAAAGUCCACCUCAGUGGAUGAGCUGCUGAUAAACCUCAUCAGGGGGAAACUGCUUCCCUCUGCUCGCCUCUGGAUAACCACACGACCUGCAGCAGCCAAUCAGAUCCCUCCUAAAUGUGUUGGCAUGGUGACAGAGGUCAGAGGGUUCACUGACCCACAGAAGGAGGAGUACUUCAGGAAGAGAUUCAGAGAUGAAGAGCAGGCCAGCAGGAUCAUCUCCCACAUCAAGACAUCACGAAGCCUCCACAUCAUGUGCCACAUCCCAGUCUUCUGCUGGAUCACUGCUACAGUUCUGGAGGAUGUGCUGGAAACCAGAGAGGGAGGACAGCUGCCCAAGACCCUGACUGAGAUGUACAUCCACUUCCUGGUGGUUCAGGCCAAAGUGAAGAAGGUCAAGUAUGAUGGAGGAGCUGAGACAGAUCCACACUGGAGUCCAGAGAGCAGGAAGAUGAUGGAGUCCCUGGGAAAACUGGCUUUUGAUCAGCUGCAGAAAGGAAACCUGAUCUUCUACGAAUCAGACCUGACAGAGUGUGGCAUCGAUAUCAGAGCAGCCUCAGUGUACUCAGGAGUGUUCACACAGAUCUUUAAAGAGGAGAGAGGACUGUACCAGGACAAGGUGUUCUGCUUCAUCCAUCUGAGUGUUCAGGAGUUUCUGGCUGCUCUUCAUGUCCAUCUGACCUUCAUCAACUCUGGAGUCAAUUUGCUGGAAGAACAACAAACAACCUCUACAUGGUCUAAACUAUUUAACAAACCAAAACUUCAAUGUCUCCACCAGAGUGCUGUGGACAAGGCCUUACAGAGUCCAAAUGGACACCUGGACUUGUUCCUCCGCUUCCUCCUGGGUCUUUCCCUGCAGACCAAUCAGACUCUCCUACGAGGUCUGCUAACACAGACAGAAAGUAGCUCACAGACCAAUCAGGAAACAGUCCAGUACAUCAAGAAGAAGCUCAGUGAGAAUCUGUCUGCAGAGAAAAGCAUCAAUCUGUUCCACUGUCUGAAUGAACUGAAUGAUCGUUCUCUAGUGGAGGAGAUCCAGCAGUCCCUGAGUUCAGGAAGUCUGUCCACUGGUAAACUGUCUCCUGCUCAGUGGUCAGCUCUGGUCUUCAUCUUACUGUCAUCAGAAAAAGAUCUGGAUGUGUUUGACCUGAAGAAAUACUCUGCUUCAGAGGAGGCUCUUCUGAGGCUGCUGCCAGUGGUCAAAGCCUCCAACACAGCUUUGUGA